UGAAAGCAGCGUAGCAUCUCGCAUCCCGACUCCAGCGGCGACCCGGACCCGACCCAGAACUUCUUCAGCUGUGGUUCAAGGAGCAGGGCUCCCCCCUCAGUUAUUUCCUCGGCGCAGCUCCGCCACCCCCGGGAGUCCCGGUGUGCACCUGCAAACUCCGCCUUCUGCACCUGUCACCCCCGAGCCAGCGCGGCGGCCGAGCGAGCCAUGGCCAACGCGGGGCUGCAGCUGCUAGGCUUCAUCCUGGCUUUCCUGGGCUGGAUCGGCGCCAUUGUCAGCACGGCGUUGUCCCGGUGGAAGAUUUACACCUACGCCGGCGACAACAUCGUGACGGCUCAGGCCAUCUACGAGGGGCUGUGGAUGUCCUGCGUGUCGCAGAGCACCGGGCAGAUCCAGUGCAAAGUCUUCGACUCCUUGCUGAACCUCAACAGUACUUUGCAAGCAACCCGUGCCUUGAUGGUGAUUGGCAUCCUGCUAGGACUAAUAGCCAUCUGUGUGGCCACUAUUGGCAUGAAGUGUAUGAAGUGCAUGGAAGAUGACGAGGUGCAGAAGAUGCGGAUGGCUGUCUUUGGGGGCAUGAUAUUUCUUAUUGCAGGUCUGGCUAUUUUGGUUGCCACAGCAUGGUAUGGACAUAGAAUUGUUCAAGAGUUCUAUGACCCCAUGACUCCAGUCAAUGCCAGAUAUGAAUUUGGUCAGGCUCUCUUCACUGGCUGGGCUGCUGCUUCUCUGUGCCUUUUGGGAGGUGCCCUACUUUGCUGCUCCUGUCCCCAGAAGACAACAUCUUACCCAACACCACGGCCCUAUCCAAAACCUGCACCGUCCACUGGGAAAGACUAUGUGUGACACAGAAGCAAAAGGAGACAAAUCUGGUGGGCCAAGUGGAAAAUGGACAUUGAAAUGUUAUCAUUAACAUUAAGACCAUACACUUUUGACUAUUGUAUUCUGAAGUGGUAUUGCCAAAAAAAUAUUUUUUUAAAUGUCCAUUGCUAAAAUGGCUUAGUCUUAUUUUAUCUCCUUUUCUCAUAUGGGAGGGAAGCCUUUUCAAUUAUUACUGCUUCCCAGUGAGUAAUCAUCUCAAACAGGGGAAGGAGGACUCUCUUUAAAUAUAUAUAGAUAUGUAUAUACACAUGUUUUUCUAUAAAAAAGAUUAAGUAGUAAAACUUUUAUUCUCAUUAUGUUGGUACCAGCAUACUUAAAAUUAUAUCUAAAAAAGGAAAGUAUAUUUAAUUCUAUAUUGAUUAAAUAAGCAGUUUAUUUGAUAUAUUUCUCUUCUUCCUAUAGGUAUACCUAUAUAAUAGGACAAAUAUCAUGUCCCCUCUAUCAUCAUCUUUUAGUGUCUUUGACAGACUACCUAACCUACUUUGCUAAGUAUGUCUUAUUUCAAUUCUUUAUAUGUGCUCUUUUAAAAUGCUUAUUUUACAUUUCUUUUACUGUGAUCUUUAGUCCUUGCUUUGUCAUCAGUCAUCCUUCAUGCCUUUAUUUGCUUUUAUGAGAUUGGGCUUAAGUCUUGGUCUGAUAACCCAUUUCAUAUGCCUACAAUUUAAUUCCUAAAGUCAAUAAGGAUCUCUUACAAAUCAGAGCUUUGGGAGCAAAUCUUGCUACAUGACCAGAUGAUAGAUUCCUGUUGACCUUCCCACAUGAUUCCUGUACUCUGACCUAUAACACUUCUGUUUGCUUUGAAAAUAUUUGUCUCACUGAGGAGCUAUGUGCUGCUUUCCCAGAUGUUACAGCAUAAUUUUAUUGAUGGAAUUUUUAAGCUACUUCUUCCCAGUUGUAUAUCCUCCAAACUACCAUUUUUUCCUCCCCUCCUUAACUAUGUUGUAUUCUCAUAUCUAAUUAUCACACAGUUUACCCCUUACCAGAGAGGCAUGGCCUAUGUGUCGGAAUCAAGUGCUAGACUUUCUGUAGUGAUAAUCUGAUAACAAAUAUUUUCUCUGUAGCUAUAAGUGAGUCAGUCUUUCUCCCUUUUUCCAUCUGUCAAAUUUAGAUAAUGAUGCCUAACCAGGUGGUACAAGUGGUAUGAGUAUUAAUUAGCUGAUAUCAUACUCAUUCUUUGAACAUGAAAUAUGCCUAGGUGGUGUUUUUUAUUUGCUCAAUUGGCUAUUAAGAGAAGUCAUUGAACCAAAUCUACGCACACACUUAACGUGGGUCAGCACCUUCCUUUUCUCCCCUGGUCCAUUUCCUUUCUUUCAGCAGCAGCUAGCACAUUGCUUGUGCUUUGUUCCUUUUAACAAUUGCUCCUUGAUUUCCAGUCUGGACAGUGCUGCUUCACUUGAGCAAGAUGAUUUAAUGGAAAGGGUGUUGGCUUUACUGUCUGGAGACCUGAUGCCAGUGUUGCUGCUAUCAGUCGCUGUGUGAGUUUGGGCAAGGCACUUGGCUGCCCUAGAUUUCUUAUAAAAAGGGGGUUGUAAUUCCUGAUCUGCCUACCUCACAGGGCUGUUGUAGGGACCUAGUGAGAUGGGACAUGGGUAAAUGUGGUUUUGUCAGGGUAAAAACAUGAUACUAGGGGAAAGAAUUAAGAAUUUAAGUGCAUAGGUUUGGAUUCCUUGUCACAUGACUGAAAAAAGAGAGAAAUUUUAAAAAAUGGGUUUCUCACCUUAACCAAUCUCUUAAGUGAUGAGACACUCAAACAAAAUUCAGCUUACUAAAGGAAAGGAUUCUAAGAAGUCUUAGUUUCUUGAAUCAGUAUGGCCUGAUGCUUUUUGUGGCUGACCUCUUCUCCUUUUAGGAGUGCAGACUUGACCUAAGACAAGUUUGGUGGUGGAAUGGGGGACACUGAAGUGUUAAGUGUUGGCACAGUGAAAGAAUGGGAGAUCUUUGCAUUAUAAUCACUUGCAAGGGUAUACAAGCUGGUAUCUGUUAACUGAUGUCAUUUAGAGGUGUUGCUAUUAGCUGGCAACUAACACUGCUAGGACAGGUAUUUUGUUGAUGGUAAUCCAUAGUAAAACCACCUGGGGGACGUUAUCCAAAGGGAUGCAUCAUAGGAGGAUUUCAACCUAGUAAGUGUUAUUGCCAAACCUGAAAGUCUACCCUCUGAGAAGGUAUAAUUUCAAGGAGCCUUUGCUACCUACAUAGAUCCUACUGGUGUGUGAGUAUAAAAACAUGUGGUUACUAGUUGCCCCACUCUACGUAUAAAUCUAUAGUCCAAAACAGCCAACAGAAUGGUUACAACAGAAUUUAUCCAAUUUUGAUAUUUUUGUAAUCUGCUUCUGUACCUAGAAACAGACAAAUAGGUAUUUUGUGGUUUUGUAGUGGGAAUUUGUAUAAAACAUCACUCUUUUUCAAAAAAUUGUUUUUUAAUAAAAAAUAAACCAUU